UUCAAAUAGACACUCUCAUCGAGCAGCGUUCUCCUUGCGUUCAGUUGCCGUUGAUCGUUAUAAUAGCGCGAUCUUUGUGUUAGCUCUUGGUCUUCCGACUGAAAUAAAUUAUUAUAUAAUAACGGAAUUUUUGCUAGGAAUAAUAAUUGCCACUGAACGAAGAGGAUAACGAAUCAAGAUGGAAGACGGUCACUCGAAAACCGUCGAACAGUCCCUCACUUUCUUCGGAACGGACCCCGAGCGCGGCUUAACCCUCGACCAGAUCAAGGCUAACCAGAAGAAAUACGGACCCAAUGAGUUGCCGACCGAGGAAGGAAAGAGCAUCUGGCAGCUGGUCUUGGAGCAGUUCGACGAUCUGCUGGUGAAGAUUCUGCUGUUGGCAGCCAUCAUCUCAUUUGUUCUCGCCCUGUUUGAGGAACACGAGGAAACGUUCACUGCAUUUGUAGAGCCCCUAGUUAUUUUACUUAUCCUGAUAGCCAACGCCGUGGUGGGAGUAUGGCAGGAGCGUAACGCCGAGUCGGCCAUUGAGGCCCUCAAGGAGUACGAGCCUGAGAUGGGCAAGGUGGUGCGACAGGACAAGUCCGGCAUCCAGAAGGUGCGCGCGAAAGAGAUCGUGCCCGGUGAUCUGGUGGAGGUGUCUGUCGGUGACAAGAUCCCCGCCGAUAUCCGUAUCACCCACAUCUACUCGACCACUCUUAGGAUCGAUCAGUCCAUCCUCACCGGUGAGUCGGUCUCCGUCAUCAAGCACACCGAUGCCAUCCCCGAUCCCCGCGCCGUCAACCAGGACAAGAAGAACAUCCUGUUCUCCGGCACCAACGUUGCCGCCGGCAAGGCCCGCGGCGUCGUCAUCGGCACUGGCCUGAGCACCGCCAUCGGCAAGAUCCGUACCGAGAUGUCCGAGACCGAGGAGAUCAAGACCCCCCUGCAGCAGAAACUGGACGAGUUCGGUGAGCAGCUGUCCAAGGUCAUCUCCGUCAUUUGCGUGGCCGUCUGGGCCAUCAACAUCGGCCACUUCAACGACCCCGCUCACGGAGGCUCCUGGAUCAAGGGUGCCAUCUACUACUUCAAGAUCGCCGUCGCUCUGGCUGUGGCUGCCAUUCCCGAGGGUCUGCCCGCCGUCAUCACCACCUGUUUGGCUCUGGGCACCCGCCGUAUGGCCAAGAAGAAUGCCAUCGUCCGCUCCCUGCCCUCCGUGGAAACCCUGGGCUGCACAUCUGUCAUCUGCUCUGAUAAGACCGGCACACUCACCACCAACCAGAUGUCCGUCUCCCGCAUGUUCAUCUUCGACAAGGUUGAAGGCAACGACAGCAGCUUCCUGGAAUUCGAGAUGACCGGCUCCACCUACGAGCCCAUCGGUGAGGUCUUCCUUGGCGGUCAGCGCAUCAAGGCUGCCGACUACGAUACCCUGCAGGAACUGUCCACCAUCUGCAUCAUGUGCAACGACUCCGCUAUUGAUUACAAUGAAUUCAAGCAGGCCUUCGAGAAGGUCGGCGAAGCCACUGAGACCGCCCUGAUUGUGUUGGCCGAGAAACUGAACAGCUUCAGCGUGAACAAGUCUGGCCUGGACCGCCGCUCGGCUGCCAUCGCCUGCCGCGGUGAGAUCGAGACCAAGUGGAAGAAGGAAUUCACCCUGGAGUUCUCUCGCGAUCGUAAAUCCAUGUCCUCGUACUGCACCCCCCUGAAGGCCUCCCGUCUGGGCACUGGCCCCAAGUUGUUCGUGAAGGGCGCCCCCGAGGGUGUUCUGGAGCGCUGCACACACGCCCGCGUUGGCACCAGCAAGGUUCCUCUGACCUCUGCCCUGAAGGCCAAGAUCCUCGCCCUGACCGGCCAGUACGGUACUGGACGCGACACCCUUCGCUGCCUGGCUCUGGCCGUUGCCGAUAGCCCAAUGAAGCCCGAUGAGAUGGAUCUGGGUGACUCCACCAAGUUCUACCAGUAUGAGGUGAACCUGACCUUCGUUGGUGUUGUGGGCAUGUUGGAUCCCCCCCGUAAGGAAGUUUUCGAUUCCAUUGUGCGCUGCCGUGCCGCCGGUAUUCGUGUUAUUGUGAUCACUGGCGACAACAAGGCCACUGCCGAGGCUAUCUGCCGCAGGAUCGGUGUGUUCUCCGAGGACGAGGACACCACUGGCAAGUCCUACUCUGGUCGCGAGUUCGACGACCUCUCCCCCACCGAACAGAAGGCUGCCGUUGCCCGUUCCCGCCUCUUCUCCCGUGUGGAGCCCCAGCACAAGUCCAAGAUUGUUGAGUUCCUGCAGAGCAUGAACGAAAUCUCCGCUAUGACUGGUGAUGGUGUGAACGACGCCCCCGCCCUGAAGAAGGCUGAGAUCGGUAUUGCCAUGGGCUCUGGUACCGCUGUUGCCAAGUCUGCCGCCGAAAUGGUGCUGGCUGAUGACAACUUCUCCUCCAUCGUGUCUGCCGUUGAAGAAGGUCGCGCUAUUUACAACAACAUGAAACAGUUCAUCCGCUACCUCAUCUCCUCGAACAUUGGUGAGGUCGUCUCCAUCUUCCUUACUGCUGCCCUUGGCCUGCCCGAGGCUCUGAUUCCCGUCCAGCUGCUCUGGGUCAACUUGGUUACUGAUGGUCUCCCAGCCACCGCUCUGGGCUUCAACCCCCCUGAUCUGGAUAUCAUGGAGAAGCCCCCCAGGAAGGCCGAUGAGGGUCUCAUUUCCGGAUGGUUGUUCUUCCGUUACAUGGCUAUUGGAUUCUAUGUCGGCGCUGCCACCGUCGGUGCCGCCGCCUGGUGGUUCGUGUUCUCCGAUGAGGGACCAAAACUGUCCUACUGGCAGCUGACUCACCAUCUGUCCUGCUUGGGCGGUGGCGACGAGUUCAAGGGCGUUGACUGCAAGAUCUUCAGCGACCCCCAUGCGAUGACCAUGGCUUUGUCCGUGCUGGUGACAAUCGAAAUGUUGAACGCAAUGAACAGCUUGUCUGAGAACCAGUCGCUGAUUACCAUGCCCCCAUGGUGCAACCUGUGGCUGAUUGGAUCAAUGGCACUCUCCUUCACUCUUCACUUUGUUAUUCUUUACGUCGAUGUCCUCUCCACCGUCUUCCAAGUGACACCGUUGUCUGCAGAAGAAUGGAUAACUGUGAUGAAAUUCUCAAUUCCUGUAGUUUUAUUAGAUGAGACAUUGAAGUUUGUUGCUAGAAAAAUCGCAGAUGUCAACCCCAGAUUUCAUUAACUGGACCCCGAUUAGUUACCAUAACACAAAUUGAAUCCAUCCCUGCUUUAGAAAAGUACGUGCAGUUAUUACAUUAUGUCCGGGUGCGCCAAGUCGAUGCGAAUGUAGAAAAGAACAAUUGCUGUACAUUAUGGUCUAGUACAUUAUCGUCGCACUCGCCGGCAUAACCGAGAACACACAGUUUUGAAAUUCAGCAUGUAAGAUAUCUAAACGUAAACGAAACAAUAAAACAAGAAAUCCGAA